AUGCAACCUGUAUCUGCCGGAUCGAGCUUUCAUGCCUUCCAACGCCAGCUUAUCUCGCGGUUGCUUAGUUACCGUGAGGUAGGAGACGAGUUGACGCCUGAAUAUCAAGCGGAGUGGGGGCCUACCAAGAUGACAUUGGAAGAGCUAUGUACAGAUUUUCAAGGUCAACCACUUCUCAGCCAAGUUCGCGUCUUAAGUUUGUGUCAGGCUAUUGAAGCCAUAGAUGACUCAACGAAGCCUUACUAUAUCGUGCAGUGGAAGACAACGUGGGUUAGCCCAACCGAGCUCAGCACUUGCGCCUUCCUGCUACAUGACUUCUGGGCUUGUGCCAAUCGAAGAAGACGAGAAAAAGAGCUAGAGAUUGGAAAGCAAGAAGGCGAUAUUUCACAUUAG